GAAAGAUUUCACCCGGAAAUAAAACUAGACCGGACUUUGUCCCACAGUGAAAGGGCUCCGGUCGGAAAAGUGGGUUAAAGGUCGUGCAGGAACUGCACCGAGUCAUCUCCUGGAGAACUCGACAGCGGCUCCAGAAGUCAAAAAUGUCCAAACAACCGGCGCAGCCGAUCAGCCCGCUGAAGAACUUCUUCGCGGGGGGGUUUGGAGGGGUCUGCCUCGUCUUCGCCGGUCACCCGCUGGACACCAUUAAAGUUCGGUUACAGACGCAGCCCAAAGCCAAACCCGGAGAGAGCCUGAUGUAUGCCGGAACCCUGGACUGCUUUAAAAAGACUCUAGCCAAAGAAGGGGUCAAAGGGCUCUACAAAGGAAUGGCGGCUCCAAUCAUUGGAGUCACGCCCAUGUUUGCUGUUUGUUUCUUUGGAUUCGGUUUGGGGAGGAAGCUCCAGCAGAGGAGCCCCGACGACGUCCUCUCGUAUCCGCAGCUGUUCGCUGCAGGGAUGCUGUCCGGCGUGUUCACGACGGCCAUCAUGGCUCCCGGAGAGCGCAUCAAGUGCCUCCUGCAGAUCCAGGCCUCCACCGGGGAGGUGAAGUAUUCGGGACCCAUGGACUGUGUCAAGCAGCUGUACAGAGAGUCAGGAAUCAGAGGAAUCUACAGAGGCACAGCUCUGACUCUCAUGAGAGACGUCCCGGCCAGUGGAAUGUACUUCAUGUCUUACGAGUGGCUGAAAAACCUCCUCACGCCGGCGGGAAAAAGACUGUCUUUUGAGAUACCAGCUGGACUGAAGGAGCUGCUGCAGGGCUACACGGUGGAGGUUCUGCGCCGCAGGCCCGCAAACCUGGCACAAUUUGCUGUGCAGCACUUCACGCAAGUUCUGGAAAGCCAAAGAAAUGAGCAGGCAGCUGAGAGCCACAGCACUGGACCUGCUGAGGAGGAGGAGGACGACGAUGCCUUUGAAACGGCUUCAAAUCCCAGCAUCAGUGAUGAAGAUGAAGAAGAGGAGAGAAACAUUGUCAAGGCCAAGGCUGACAGAUGCAGCCGCAGGGUUGCAGUGUGUGCAGAAACCUACAACCCUGAUGAAGAUGAAGACAAUGACACAGAGCCUCAGGUUGUGCAUCCCAAAACAGACGAGCAGCGCCAGCGGCUGCAGGACGCCUGCAAAGAUAUUCUGCUCUUUAAAACUCUGGCAAAGGAGCAGUUCUCUGAAGUGUUGGACGCCAUGUUUGAGGUUCUGGUCAAACCGGAGGAACACAUCAUCGACCAGGGAGACGAUGGCGAUAACUUCUACGUCAUUGAGAAGGGCGUGUUCGACAUCUAUGUGCAGAAGGAUGGGCUGAACGUGUGCGUGGGAAAAUAUAACAACAAGGGGAGUUUUGGCGAGCUGGCUCUCAUGUACAACACGCCGCGCGCUGCAACCAUCGUUGCAAAGCAGGAUGGCGCCCUGUGGGCCCUGGACCGAGCCACCUUCCACCGACUGAUUGUGAAGAACAACGCCAAGAAGAGGAGGAUGUACGAGGCCUUCAUCGAGUGUGUCCCUCUCCUGAAGUCUCUGGAGCUGUCAGAGAGGAUGAAGAUCGUCGAUGUUCUGGGGGUGCGGACGUUCAGUGAUGGGGAACGCAUCAUAACACAGGGAGACAAAGCUGACUGUUUCUUCAUCGUGGAAUCGGGAGAGGUGAAGAUCAUGAUCAAAUCAAAAAAGGCUGGGCAGCCGGACGGCGUGGAGGUUGAGGUGGCUCGUUGCUCUAGAGGACAAUACUUUGGAGAGCUGGCCCUGGUGACCAACAAACCCCGCGCGGCGACGGCCUAUGCGGUCGGAGACACCAAAUGUUUGGUAAUUGACAUCCAGGCUUUUGAGCGUCUGUUGGGACCCUGCAUGGACAUCAUGAAGAGGAACAUCUCUCAGUACAAAGACCAGCUGAUGGCGCUGUUCGGCGAAUAAUUAUUUGUAAUCUACAUGUGAGACUAGCAUCUUCCUCCUGUUUGAAAAUGCAAAAUAUGACCGUGUUUUUCUGCAGAGGCUGAUUCAUGUUCAACAAUAAAUGAGUUUUAAUUGUGUUAAAA